AUGGAUCCGCCACAGACUUUCAACCAGUCUUUCAGUAUCACGGAACUCGUGCCGUUCGAUGUGGCACAAGACAACAUGUCCGAUUACAGUGAUCUUGUGGGAAUAUUUCGAGCAUACGUAUCUCCAAUUGUGGCCAUUUUCGGUCUGUUGGGCAGUGUUUUUAUCAUAGUUGUGUUUGCUCAGGAACAUCCUCGAACACGAUUCUCGAUAUAUGCGAUUUGUCUGGCUAUAUCGAACGGGAUCACACUACUGUUGAACACAAUUGUGGAUGAUUUUAUGGGACGCGGAUUGUACUACGCGACCAACCGUCAGUCGUAUUUCAAAUUAGAUGCCACUUCGCAAUUGGGAUGCAAACUAGUUGAGUACAUCUCGAACUCUAUGUAUUUUGCCACCUCGUACAUCAUUGUCGUAUUCACACUGGAUCGUCUAUGCACUANAUAUUCUAUUCCAUCUAUCAUCGUCGAUGGGCUACUGGGAUUUGUUUGGUGA